AACCGCCAGUUGGCUACCAAACACGCGCCGCCGCGGUCGCUAUAAAUCGAACGUUUUCCUCGCGAUAACAUGAACUGAAAUAUUUUAACUAAGCAAAAGUGUUUCGAAGUGCUAUAGUACAACUUUGAUUAUUUACAAUAGUGCCAAUCCCUGUUUUAUUUAGAAAACAAAAUAUAUUUAUAACGGAAACGUCGACAGUUAUCGUGGAAAACGGCGAGGAGAUAGUGAAAGUACACAAUAUGCAGAUGCCAAAUGGAACAAACAAAACGUAUUUAAACGGACCGAACCAAAUAAUACCCGCGGACGAUUACAUAAGUUGCGUGCCGGGCGGAUAUGUCAAACUGCGGAUGCAAUCCCGCGGGGUCGCGUCAGAGCCCCCAGUGUCAGUGCCGGGCCUGCUGAGCAGGACGGCCGCGAGGUACCCAGAGUCUACAGCACUGGCCACCAAGAAGAACGGACAAUGGCAUAAAAUUUCUUACAGACAGUAUCAAGAACGUGUACGCACGGUGGCUAAGGGUUUCCUAAAGUUGGGUCUGGAGCGAUACCACUCUGUGGGCAUUCUAGGAUUUAAUUCAGAACAAUGGUAUAUUGCCGAUUUAGCCGCUAUUCAUGCUGGAGGUUACGCGGCGGGUAUCUACACGACGAACUCCGCGGACGCGUGCUACCACUGCUUGGAGACGUCUCGCGCCAACAUUUGCGCUGUGCAGGACAAGAAGCAAUUGGAGAAGAUAUUGUCAGUUCGCAGUCGAUUGAAGCAUUUGAAAGCUAUCGUACAAUGGGAGGGACCUGUUGAUACCUCCGUGCCGGGAGUUUAUAGCUGGGAACAAGUAAUGGAAAUGGGCGCAAAAGAACCUGAUACUCAACUUAACAGCAUCCUUAAAGGUAUGGCUGUUAACGAAUGCUGCACUCUAGUGUACACUUCGGGGACAGUGGGUCCGCCGAAGGCAGUGAUGCUGUCCCACGACAACCUGACAUGGGACGCGUUCUCUAUAACGGAGCGCGUGGGCGACCUGGCGCCGACGUACGACCGCCUCGUCUCCUUCCUGCCGCUCAGUCACGUCGCCGCACAGGUGGUGGAUAUCUACACAACUUUAAUGAACGCAGUACCCGUGUACUUCGCGCAGCCUGACGCGCUAAAAGGCACUCUAGUCGAGACAUUAAAGGAAGUUCGACCAACGAGGUUCUUGGCUGUGCCGCGCGUGUGGGAGAAGAUGUACGAGAAAAUAAUGGCCGUGGGCGCGUCCAGUGGAACUAUCAAACGGAGCAUCGCUCUGUGGGCUAAAGACAGGAGCAUGAAACACCACGAAGCCAGAAUGAACGGUUCGUUCUCUGCUGGGAUGAGAGGUCUACCGCUUGACUUCACGGCCAUGCAAAUGUUACGGUAUUGGAUGGAGGGAAUGGGGUGCGGGUACCGGAUCGCACGCACGCUAGUGUUCAGCAAGGUCCGCGACCAGCUCGGCCUCGACCAGUGCGAGACGUUCGUGACGGCCGCCGCGCCGCUCUCGGCUGAUAUCAAGAAGUUCUUCCUCUCACUCGAUAUACCGAUCGUGGAUGCUUUCGGCAUGAGCGAGACGGCCGGCGCCCACACGCUUAGUAUUUAUCCCAAGCUGAAAUUAGAUUCAUCUGGUGAAAUACUAACUGGUACGGAGACGAAGUUCGGUGGUGCGAUGAGUCCGAACGGGCCGGGCGAGAUCAUGAUGCGCGGCCGACACGUGCUGAUGGGCUACCUCAUGGACGAGGAGAAGACGCGCGCCACCAUCGACGACGAAGGCUGGGUGCACUCCGGCGACGUCGGCAGAGUGGAUAGCAACAACUUGCUCUACAUCACCGGCAGGAUAAAGGAACUGUUGAUAACCGCUGGGGGUGAGAAUGUGGCGCCGGUGCUGAUCGAGCAGACGAUCCAGGCGCAGCUGCCGCAGGUGGGCUACGCCGUGCUCGUCGGCGACAGGCGCAAGUUCCUCUCGGUGUUGCUCACCUUGAAGAGCAAAAUAAACGCGGAGUCCGGCGAUCCUCUGGACGAGCUGGAGACGGAGGCGAGGAAGUGGGUGGCGAGUCUCGGCAGCAACGCUAAGACCAUCAGUGAGAUCGUCAAGAACAAAGACCCAGCGGUGCACAAAGCGAUAGAGGAGGGCAUAGCGCGCGCCAACAAGCAGGCGAUAUCCAACGCACAGAAAGUACAAAAGUUUGCCAUCCUGCCCGCCGACUUCUCUAUGAACACGGGAGAGUUGGGCCCAACACUUAAAAUAAAGAGGAAUGUGGUGUACGAGAAAUACAAGGACAUUAUAGAAGAAUUUUAUAAGGAUUAGGUUAAUUUUAGUUUAUUGUUAGGGAAUGGGGUUCAGUUGUUACCAAUGCUCAACUAGGGGAUAGAGCUGGAUCGUUUAAUAUUCUAUUCAACUAAGGGCAGAUGUAAAUAUAUUCUUGUUAAUAUAUAUAUAGUGUUACUA